AUGGCGCCCAAGGCGCCCAAGGCGCCCAAGGCCUUGCAGCCCAUCUCGGCCUUCUACCUCUUCUUUGCUGCAGGCCUGAUCGCUGCUCUGUUCGCGCCCAUCCAGGACUGCGACGAGACGUUCAACUACUGGGAGCCGGCCCAUUAUCUCUCCCACGGCUAUGGCCUCCAGACCUGGGAGUAUUCCCCAGAUUAUGCCAUUCGCAGCUGGCUCUAUGUUGCGCUUCAUGCUCUUGUGGGCAAUGUACGAAGGAUACUGCCACAGUCCACCAAGGUUUCUGAAUUCUACUUCGUCCGCUACGGCUUGGCCUUUGUCUGUGCCAUUUGUCAGACUAUCAUGUUCCAAGCUGUGAGCAUAGCACUCAAUGCCAGGAUCGGCCUCUUCUUUCUCGUCAUCACCAUCAUAAGCCCGGGAAAUUUCCAUGCGAGCGCCGCCUUCUUGCCCUCCAGCUUUGCCAUGUACGCGGGGAUGCUUGGCGCUGCAUCUUUCAUGAACUGGCGGGGCGGGUUGAAGACUUGGCAAGGCAUGACGUGGUUUGCUGUGGCUGGCAUUCUUGGCUGGCCUUUUGCUGCCGCCCUUUGCGUGCCGUAUGUCCUCGAAGAACUCAUUCUAGCCGUGUUCAGCGAUAAGGACUCUCUGAUCGAAGCUUUGAUACGGCUUGUUCGUGGCGUCAUCGCCUCUCUCAUUGUCCUGUUCUUUGACUUUGCGGUCAACUUGUUCUUUUACAAGAAACCUGUAGUUGUUUCUUGGAACAUUGUCAAAUACAACAUUUUCUCGAAAACCGGCGGUCCUGAUCUUUAUGGAACAGAGCCAUGGACGUUCUAUUUCAAGAACUUGACGUUGAACUUCAACAUCUGGUUCAUCCUUGCCCUGCUGGUGUUGCCGCUAUUCCUGCUACAAAAGGCAUCUUCAUCUUCAUCACAACGCUUGACCAGCGGCCUUCGAACUGUCAUUUUCAUUACGCCGUUCUACAUGUGGCUCAUAAUUUUCACCGCACAGCCGCACAAAGAAGAGCGGUUCAUGUACCCUGCAUACCCCUUUCUGGCUCUCAACGCCGCAUUAUCACUACACAUCAUCUUGUCCGCCAUCGGUAGCUCAAACCCAAAGACAUUGAUUGGAAAAAUCCCCGGUCGCCUGAAACUGCUUGCCGUCGGUCUUGUGCUCUUUCUCUCGCUUGAUAUUGCCAUUGCCCGUAUCUACGGCAUCUACUCCGCGUAUUCUGCCCCACUGAAAGUAUAUUCUCCGUUAUGGGGUGAUGAAGGGGGAAACACCUACGGAGCCGAGGAAGAUAACGUAUGCUUCGGGAAGGAAUGGUAUCGCUUCCCAACUUCGUACUUCCUCCCACGCAACAUGCACGCGAAAUUCCUGCGCUCCGACUUCCGCGGCUUGUUGCCUGGAGAAUUUUCCGAGGCCCAGACCGGCUUCGGCUUCUGGAGUGGCACUUGGCUCCCCACCAGUGGUCUGAAUGACCGCAAUCAAGAGGACUUGGGCAAGUACGUCGAGCCUCGAAUGUGUUCUUUUUUGGUCGACACCCAGUAUCCAGAAAGGAAUGCCCCGCCGUCACGCGGGGAACCAGACUACAUCGCAGACAAGCACCACUGGGAGCCGCUCAAGUGCGUUGACUUCCUCGAUGCUGCCAGCACGCACAUCUUGGCGCGCACACUGUGGCUCCCUGAUAUCGCUGCCGUCCCUGCAAAGUAUCAGCGCAAAUGGGGACGUCAUUGCCUCCUUCAGCGCAAAGGGAGUGGUCGCGAUGCCGGCAUGUGGGUCGACCCCGGCCAGAUGAUGAUGGGUUAG